AUGGAGGGAAGAAUCGGACUCGAGAGCGGUUUGCAUGGUGGGUGGACUGAACAACUCACGCUGAACGGUCCGAACUCAAGGGGAGGAAAAGAAAUUUAUCUGCCAGAAGGGCCUCACGGAGGAGUGGAGAGACAGGCCACCGUUGUCGAAGUAGCCGUCGUCGCCGUUCCGGUCAAGUGUGAAAAAAAAUCUUGUCACGGCAUCAACUCGCUUCCCAACUUUGUUAUCGACCCAAGUAUGCUGUCUUCUCUACGCAAGGCGGGCUCCCUCGCUCGGGCUGCGUCUGCAGGUCAGAGGCGCUUUCUUUCCAUCCAUGAAUACCAAUCCAUGACAUUGCUCAACUCCUAUGGAAUCCCAACUCCAAAGAGUGUCGCUGCAAAGUCACCGGAAGAAGCGUUUACUGUCGCGAAGAACUUUGGCCAUGACAGGCUUGUGAUCAAGGCGCAGGUUCUCGCUGGCGGACGAGGCAAGGGCAAGUUCGAUAAUGGCUUGCAAGGUGGUGUACAUAUGGUUGGCAGCCCGGAACAGGCUAAAGAAUACGCUUCCAAGAUGAUUGGAGCCAAUCUAAUCACCAAGCAAACAGGUGCUGGCGGUAGGAUUUGCAAUGCAGUCAUGCUCGCUGAGCGCCGCAACCCCAAACACGAAUACUACGUUGCGGUCCUCAAUGACCGUGUUUCUCAGGGGAUUGUGCUUGUUGCGUCCGCACAAGGAGGCAUGAAUAUUGAAGAAGUUGCUGCCAAGGACCCUUCUGCGAUCAUCACCACUCCAGUCAGCUUUGAAGACGGUCUUUCCAAGGCAGAGGCCCUCGACGUUGCCAUAAAGUUGGGCUUCCAGGGCGAUGCUCAAGCCCAAGCAGCCGACAUCUUCAUCAACCUGAUCAAAAUUUUCAAAGACAAGGAUGCGACUCAAAUCGAAAUCAACCCGAUGGCCGAAACUGACGACGGUGCAGUUCUCUGCAUGGACGCCAAAUUCGGCUUUGACGACAAUGCUGAGUUCCGCCAAGAAGAUGUUUUCGCUCUCCGGGACAUCACCCAAGAGGAGGCUUCCGAGGUAGAAGCACAGAAAGCAAACCUCAACUUCAUCAAACUCGAUGGCAACGUUGGCUGCCUUGUUAAUGGCGCCGGACUGGCCAUGGCUACCAUGGAUGUCCUCUCUUUGCAUGGCGGAAAUCCAGCCAACUUCCUGGAUGUUGGCGGAGGAGCAACUCCAGAAACCGUCAAAAAGGCUUUCGAAAUCUUGCUCGCUGACCCUAAAGUCAAGAGUAUCUUUAUCAAUAUCUUCGGGGGCAUCAUGCGUUGCGACUACAUCGCGGAAGGUGUCAUCAAAGCCACGAAAGAACUUGCUCUCAAUAUUCCUCUCGUCGUCCGCCUCAAGGGCACCAAAGAACAAGAAGCCAAAGACAUGAUCGAGGCUUCUGGAUUAAAAAUUAUUGCGUUUGAUAGCUUAGACGAGGCUGCGGAGCGUGCAGUCCAACUGGCUGCUUAG